AUGACGACGUGGGCGACGGUCGAGCACGCCAAACGCGCCUUCGCGCUCAAGAAAUACGAGCAAGCGGUGGAGCACUACGCGUCCGCCCUGGAGCUCGUCACAAAGAAGCACGGCGAGGACGCGCUCGAGACCGCGGACCUGUACUUCGCGUAUGGAAAGGCAUUGCUGGAGCACGCCAUUUCCCAGGCCGGCGUGCUGGGCAAGCAGGACCCCGACGAGCCGGUGGAGGACGACAAAGACGCGAGCAAUAGUGGCGCGUUUCUGUCGUUCUCGGGCGAUGCUGAGGACGAGGCGGUGGACCUCUUCGGCGCUGCACAGAAGGCUGUCGAGGAGGCCGACGCUGCGGCGGAAGAGGACGAGGAAGACGACGACGACGACGACGACGCAGAGCCCGAGGACGACUUCAACGCCGCGUGGGAGGUCCUCGACCUCGCACGCGCCAUCUUCGAGAAGCAGCCGGACCCGUCCGACGAGCUCAAGCUCAAGCUCGCCGAGGUCUUCAUCACGCUCGGCGACGUCUCGCUCGAGACAGAAAAAUUCGAACAGGCGAUCUCAGACUACGAGGCCGGCCUCGCGCUGAAGGACCCCCUGCUCCCGCUGUCCUCGCGCCAGAUCGCAGAGGCGCACUACAAGCUGAGCAUCGUCCUCGACCUCACCGCGGGCCGCCUCGGGGACUCCAUCGUCCACGCGGAGCGCGCGCUCGACAGCGUCGAGGCGCGGCUCGCGGAGCUGCGCGUCGCGCUCAGCGGCCAGGGUCUCGUCAAGUCCGAGGGCGCGGCGGGUGCCAGCGGCGGCAAGGGCAAGGGCAAAGCGACGGGCGCUCCCUUGGAGGGCGACGACGCGGUCUCGCGCAUGUCGAAGAGCCAGAUGGAGGCGGAGGAGAAGGAGCUCAACGGCUUGCGUGAAGACCUGGCUCUGAAGGUGGAGGAGCUGAAAACGUCACCGAACGAGUCGGCAGCGUCCGCGCCCGAGCUGGCAGCCCAGGCGCUCGACAAGGAGCUCAACGCCCGGUCAUCUGCAGCAGCGCCGAGUGCAGUCAAAACGGAGGUGAACGACCUCACCGGGCUCGUGAAGAAGAAAAAGAAGAACACGGACGCGAACGGCGCCGCGCCCCCGCCCGUUGCAAGCGCUUCAUUGUCCUCGGGGAAGCGGAAAGCAGAAGACGGUGCCGAGAGCGACGCGCACUCGGAGAAGAAGGCGAAAGUGGAGGAGGGGUCGGUAUCAUGA